AUGCAGUGUUCCUUUGAUGAAAGAGGGAAUAGUGUGCCAACAGUUCUUCUUAUGAUGCAAAAGCGUUUGUAUUUAGAGGGAGGCCUUCAGGAAGAAGGAAUAUUCCGAAUAAAUGCUGAGAAUAGUCAGGAAGAGUAUGUUCGGAACCAACUGAAUAAAGGUGUCUUGCCACGUGGAAUUGACAUUCACUGUUUGGGAGGGCUGAUAAAGGCAUAUUUAUGCAAGAGUUCAUUAUUACCAGGAAGGAAGGCACUCCUGGAGUUCUGGAGUUCGCUGGCUAGUAGCUCCAAAGAUGUUCCAAGUCCACGGAAUUACGGCAGCUAA